CCCAACUCCCUGAUUUUCUAACCAACACAUUACCACUUUGAAUUCCCUUUUUGUUCACUCCAAAUGUUGAAAAGCUCUUGUAAUUUCUUCUUGCUGAAAGAAUGCAGCAGAAACCAGCAGCAGCAGCAGCAGCCAUGGCCGUGGAUGCAGCUGAUGAUGAAGGUGUGAGAAGCCAUGUUAAAGUUAUUGAGAGUGCUAAAAGAAGAUUGAGAUGGCCUUUUGAUGGGGUUGUUAGAUUUUUGGGUCUUGCUUUUACUUUAAUUGCUGCUGUUGUUGUUGGUGUUGAUAAUGAAUCUAAGAUUAUCUCUAUUACUCUUACCAAAUCUUUGCCUCCCAUCCAUUUUUUUGCCUCUGCUAAGUGGCAAUACAUGUCUGCUUUCAAGUACUUUGUCGUGUCGAAUUGUAUAGCAUGCGCAUAUGCUGCAGUAUCAUUGGUGUACUCGGUGGCGACCAGGGGUUACAAAGAUGAUCCAAUGAGAUCGUUAUUGCUUGUAUCCUUUGAUCUGAUCAUGGUGGGCCUGUUGUUCUCUGCUGAUGGCGCAGCUGCAGCCAUUGGAGUCAUCGGUCGAGAUGGGAACUCGCAUAUGCAUUGGAUAAAAGUCUGUGGUUUCUUCGAAGGUUACUGUCACCAUUUCACAGCUGCACUUGUUAUCUCCAUUGCUGGUUCUGUCAUGUUUCUUUGUUUGGUUGUGCUUUCUAUUCUGAAUCUUUACAAAAAUUGAAAUUAGGAGAUUGAAUGUGUUUGUUUUGUUGGUAGGGAGUUACUGGAUCUGGAUUCAACCUAGAGUGAAAAAAAAAUUAUAUGGUUUAAAAGUAAAUAUGCUCCUUUUGGCUGGUUGGUACAUUUCA